GCGGCCCCAUUUCCCGAUGCUGCCGCGGGCCGCAGCGCUGGCGCCGGGCGCCUCGCCGGGGCUCGGGGGCCGCUCGCCGCCGCCGCCCGCCGGCCUCGACGACGACGAGGAGGAGGAGCCGCCGCCGCGGGGCCGGGCCAUGGCGAGCGGCGGCGGCGGCGGCGCCGCCGCCGCCGAGAGCGUCCCGCGCCGGGCGGAGGCGUCGGGGCCGCAGGCGGAGGCCGCGGAAGAGCCCGAGGGCGGCAGCCGGCGGUGGGGCGCGCAGCACGCCGGGGCCCGCGAGCUGGCCGAGCUCUACUCCCCAGGAAAGAGACUACAAGAAUGGAUCUCUGUCAUCUUAUGCUUCUCUCUUAUCUGUUUCAAUUUUUACAAUCUUCUCUUCUACUUGCGACUGGAACACACACCCUCUGUUAUUGUUGGGAUAUUUGCAGGAGUUAUUACGGCUGACUUUCUAUCAGGAUUAUUUCACUGGGGAGCAGAUACCUGGGGAUCUGUGGAGCUACCCAUAGUCGGAAAGGCUUUCAUCAGACCCUUUAGAGAACAUCAUAUUGACCCUACAGCAAUUACCAGACAUGAUUUUAUAGAGACCAAUGGAGACAACUGCUUUAUGACACUAGUCCCAUUGGCAAACAUGGCGUACAAAUUUGUUUCUUUUUCCCCAGAGGCAUUAUGUGAAACAUGUCCUUGGGAGUGUUAUGUCUUUGCCCUUAUCAUCUUCAUAACCAUGACGAACCAGAUUCACAAGUGGUCUCACACGUACUUUGGUCUUCCACGCUGGGUCAUAUUUCUACAGGACUGGCAUGUUAUCCUGCCACGGAAGCAUCACAGGAUCCAUCAUGUGUCUCCACACGAGACGUACUUCUGCAUUACAACUGGUUGGCUGAACUAUCCAUUAGAGAAGAUAAGAUUCUGGAGGUGUUUGGAGAACAUUAUCCAAGGAAUUACUGGGGAGAAGCCAAGAGCAGAUGAUAUGAAAUGGGCUCAGAAAAUUAAAUAACUUUUGCCAGCCUUCUGCAAUCCUUAACUUGUUGCCAAUGUUGUUUUUUAAAAAAAAAAAAAAAAAGCCAUCAGCCAAAUUCAAGACCUGCAAAGAAAUAACAGACUCUAAAGCACAAACUAAAAAGUGCUAACACAGACUGUAAUGAAAAGAACUAAUUCUUAAAACAAUACUUGAAAUGAAGAUGAUUACUCUUACUGAGCACCUUUUUGUUUAGCCAUGUCUGCUUACAUCUUAGAAAAUGCUUCAUCACUGUAUCUCAUAAGGCUAUCAGGCAAGCCAGAAGGCAGGACAGUCACUCCAUUGGUACAUGGUGGCAUAGUAAACAUGUGUUGUAUCAACAUUAUUUAACACUUCAAAAAUAGCUUGUUGCCUAUGACCUAUAGGGGGAACGGUGACAACAGUUUGUCACUUCAUGUUUGAGUCCAAAUACGUUGCAUGAAAACAGUGUGUCAGAGUAAUGGAAGCCUAUAAAAUCAUCACUGUUCAAUGCACUUAGUAAUUGAUAAAGUUAGAGCUCUGUCUUCGCUAUCAUGUUAAAUCUAAUUGAUGUGAUGUGGAACAGACUUCGAGAAUCCCACUCCACCAGUGGGCCACGAAUCCUCAAGUGUCUUCAGCUUCCCUUAAAAUAAAAUUGUUCUACUAUCGACGUGGAAUUGAGCAAACCGUUUCUGCAUAAGCCUUCAACUUAACAAGCCUCUGAGGAGAGGGAGGGCACCCAGUACAACACAUGCUCGCAUUUGUUCAUGUGGAGUGCUCGCUGAUGAGUCUUCUAUUAAGUGUUUCCUACCCUGACAAUAAAUGUUUAAAAUAGUUCUAGCAUUGGGCACAUUGCAAAUAGCUGUAUUAAAGAGCUCAAGGUAUCAAACUUGUAAUGUUAGAAGGGAAAUGUCAAUGACUGGUAUUUUGUUCUUUUUUUUUUUUUUUUUUUUAAGGUGCUUGCUUGUUUCUGUAAAUAAUAUAAAGCCUUAAUCUCUUCUGGUGUAAUGGAAUAAUAUUUUAAUGUGAUGUUUGAAUGUAUAUAAUAUAUUUAUAACAAAGCAGUUGGAUAAUACUAA